AUGAUGAAAUCAGCAGAUGCCCUUAUCUUGAUCAUAUGCAACAACAUUUCUGAUCUCAUUUCAUUCAUAAACUCCAUCAUUUGGUUCAUUUUCUAUAGUUGCAUAAUCCUCACUUUCCAAGACAUUUACGCCGCGUUCCGGCCCGUGUUUCGAUUCAUCAGCCGGGUUUUCCCCAGCUCGUCGCGGGACCCCCGAAUUCCCGACACGCCGGCCCUGAAUUUUCGUGUCGACGCUCGCGACAUGGAGAUUGUCUUGGAGAAGCUCGGGCUAUCUCGAGGACCGUUGGAUGGUCCAUUGGUCGAUUUCUGGGGCGUGUUCGAGACGGGUUUGGAACCCGAUUUUAGGGAAGUAAUGGCGGCGUUUAGAGUGUUUGAUGUAAAUAACGACGGGUUUAUUGAUGCGGGGGAGUUGAGCCGGGUGAUGGAGUCGCUAGGGUUGGCCGGAUUCUCGCGGCUCGACGUCGAAAAAAUGAUCUUGGCCUUUGAUGAAGAUGGUGAUGGGAGGAUUGGUUUUGAGGAUUUUGUGAAGCUCAUGGAGGGUUCUUUAGGUUGA